GCGGGGCUCCGCUUGCGGGAGCAGCCUGAAGGAAGGGAGCCGCUACAUUUUCUUCAUGGAGCCCGUCGUCGCCUCCAGCGGGAACGGCACUGGCUUGCCUUCGGCGCCGCCGCCGCUCUUCCGGGCGUCUUCCCCGCCCCUGGAGACGGGCAGGAAUCUCAAGAAGGAGGUCAGCAGGGCGCUGUGCACCAGGGGAUGUGGAAGGGCCACUUCUGAAGGGCCAAGUCAGCAAAGCCUGGUAUCAGCAGAGACUAAUGGCGGCAGCAGCUACAACACUGUGCCUCCUAAAUUGAAGGAGAUGAAAAGCCAGGAAUCUGCUGUGGGUCAGACACUAGUUCUCAGAUGUGAAGCCAGUUCUGAGCACUCGUCUCUCAAAUUCAAAUGGUUAAAGAAUGAGAAAGAAAUAACAAAAAGAAACAGACCAGAAAAUAUCAAGAUCAAGAGCCCCAGAAAACAAAAGACAUUCUCAGAACUUCGCAUUUCUAAAGCUUCGUUGACUGACGCUGGGGAAUAUACAUGUAAAGCAAGCAACAGGUUUGGGAAUGACAGCACCAAAGCCCGGAUAAUCAUUACAGACAUCAAUGAACCCACAGGUAUGAUACCAGUUUUGACAAAAGGAGCAAAUACAUCUUCACAACCUAUAGACAAGAUUACAGCUUCAACUGAAGGAACGAAUACAUCUUCCUCCACAUCUACAUCUACCACUGGGACAAGUCACCUCACACGAUGUGAUGUAAACAAGAAAGGUUACUGUGUAAACGGGGGCGAGUGCUUCAUGGUCAAAGACUUCCAAAAUCCAAGAUAUUUAUGCAAGUGCCCAAAUGAAUUUACUGGUGAUCGCUGUCAAAACUACGUAAUGGCCAGCUUCUACAAAGCUGAGGAACUCUACCAGAAAAGAGUGCUGACCAUAACUGGCAUCUGCAUUGCUCUCCUUGUAGUUGGCAUCAUGUGUGUUGUGGCCUACUGCAAAACCAAGAAGCAGCGGAAAAAGUUGCAUGACCGCCUUCGGCAAGGCCUUCGAUCUGAACGUAACCAUAGAGUCAACAUGGCAAAUGGGCCUCACCAUCCUCACCCACCACCAGAAAAUGUCCAGUUGGUAAAUCAAUAUGUAUCUAAAAACGUAAUAUCCAGUGAGCAUGCUGUUGAAAGAGAAACAGAGACAUCUUUUUCUACAAGCCACUACACCUCAACUACCCACCACUCCACGACGGUCACCCAGACACCUAGCCACAGUUGGAGUAAUGGGCGGACCGAAAGCAUCAUCUCUGAAAGCCAUUCAGCACUUGUGAGCUCCUCGGUUGAGAACAGCCGGCAUGCAAGCCCAUCAGGCCCCCGAGGGCGCCUCAACGGAAUUGGAGGGCCAAGAGAAUACAAUAGCUUCCUCAGGCAUGCACGAGAGACGCCUGACUCCUAUCGUGAUUCACCACACAGUGAAAGGUAUGUAUCUGCUAUGACCACACCAGCUCGCAUGUCACCCGUAGAUUUCCACACUCCGAGUUCUCCAAAGUCACCCGCCUCAGAAAUGUCUCCACAAGUCUCCAGCUUAACCAUGUCUGUCCCUUCUGUGGCAGUCAGUCCAUUUAUAGAAGAGGAGAGGCCUCUCCUACUGGUGACACCACCCCGGUUACGGGAAAAAUAUGAGCAUCACAUACAACAGUUCAACGCCUCUUACCAUCACAAUCCCGCCCAUGAAAGCAACAGUCUACCACCAAGUCCCUUGAGGAUAGUGGAGGAUGAGGAAUAUGAAACAACGCAGGAGUAUGAACCAACACAAGAGCCCCCCAAGAAACUAGUCAACAGUCGGAGGGCAAAAAGAACAAAGCCCAAUGGCCACAUUUCCAAUAGAUUGGAAAUGGACACCGACACAAGCUGUGAGAACAGUAGCUCAGAGAGUGAAACGGAAGAUGAAAGGAUAGGUGAAGAUACACCUUUUCUGAGCAUACAAAAUCCUAUGGCAGCCGACCUAGAAUCAGCUACUGCAUAUCGGCUGGCUGACACCAGGACUAACCAAAACAGCCGGUUCUCAACACAGGAAGAAUUGCAAGCGAGAUUGUCCAGUGUAAUAGCUAACCAAGAUCCCAUCGCUGUAUAAAAAACACUUUAAAAACACACAUAGAUUCACAUGUAAAACUUUAUUUUAUAUAAUGAAGUACUCCACCUUUAAAUUAAAACAAUUUAUUUUAGCAGUUCCGCUAUUAGGAUUUAAA